AAAAUUAUUAAGAGAACCAAAUAUAAAAAAAAAAAAAAUCUGAAACAGAGAGAAAUCGAGAGCUUGAAGCUGAGAGACAAAAGCUUAAUACUUUCUUCAACUCUCACAUCUCAUCAUCAUCAAGCAUAACUCUUUCUUUUGCGCAUAUAUUCUCUUAUUCUUCAAUCCUUCUUGGCCUUAUCGAGAUGUUAAAUCCGGGUCAGGGAAGAGGACCCGAUUCGGGAGUCGCUGGUGGGUCGUCGAACUCCGACCCGUUUCCGGCGGGUCUUCGAGUUCUCGUGGUCGACGAUGACCCAACUUGUCUGAUGAUCUUGGAGAGGAUGCUCAGGACUUGUCUCUACAGAGUAACGAAGUGUAACAGAGCAGAGAUCGCAUUGUCUCUGCUACGAAAGAACAAGAACGGUUUCGAUAUUGUCAUCAGUGAUGUUCAUAUGCCUGACAUGGACGGAUUCAAGCUCCUAGAACACGUCGGUCUAGAGAUGGAUCUACCUGUUAUCAUGAUGUCUGCGGAUGAUUCAAAGAGCGUUGUGUUGAAAGGAGUGACUCACGGUGCAGUGGACUACCUCAUCAAACCAGUACGCAUCGAGGCGCUCAAGAACAUAUGGCAGCAUGUGGUGAGGAAGAAGCGGAACGAGUGGAAUGUGUCUGAACAUUCCGGAAGUGUUGAAGAGACUGGGCAGAGGGAAGAUGGUGAUAACAACUCUUCUUCAGCUAAUAACGAAGGGAGCUGGAGGAGCUCGAGGAAGAGGAAGGAAGAGGAAGUAGACGAGCAAGGGGGGGAUGACAAAGAGGACACGUCUAGUUUGAAGAAACCACGUGUGGUUUGGUCUGUUGAGUUGCAUCAACAGUUUGUCGCUGCUGUGAAUCAGCUUGGCGUUGACAAAGCGGUGCCUAAGAAGAUCUUGGAGAUGAUGAAUGUACCAGGACUAACGAGAGAAAACGUAGCUAGUCACCUCCAGAAGUAUAGGAUAUAUCUAAGACGGCUUGGAGGAGUGUCUCAGCACCAAGGGAACAUGAACCAUUCGUUUAUGACAGGUCAAGAUCCAAGUUUCGGUCCGCUUUCUACGUUGAAUGGGUUUGAUCUUCAAGCUCUAGCUGCUGCUGGUCAGCUCCCAGCUCAGAGCCUCGCACAGCUUCAAGCAGCUGGUCUUGCUCGGCCUCCUUCACUCUCUAAACCGGGGAUGUCAGUAGAUCAGAGAAGCAUCUUCAGCUUCGAAAACCCAAAAAUAAGACAUGGGCAGAUGAUGAACAGUGGUGGUGGUGGUAAUAAGCAGAUGAAUCUGCUUCACGGUGUUCCAAUGGGAAUGGAACCAAGACAGUUUGCAGGUGGUGGUCAAAUGCGCGUGCAGCAGCAGCAGCAACAAUUGUCUGGUGGUCGUGCUGUUGGACAGAAUGUUCAGAGCAGUGGGAUGAUGAUGCCAGUAGGUGGAGGGCCAUCAAUGCUACAACAGCAACAAGUGAUGUUGUCGAGUAGUGUUCCAAGGAGAAGCGAGACAAGCAGCGGCAGUAGAGUGUUACCAGCAGCUGCUACUACACAGUCGGUGGUCUUUAAUAACUUUUCCUCGGAACUACCUAGAAACAGCUUCCCGUUGGCAAAUGCACCUGGGAUAUCAGUUUCUUACCAAGAAGAGGUCAACAGCUCAGACGCAAAAGGUGGUGCUGGGUUUGGUAACCCGAGCUACGACAUAUUCAAUGAUUAUCCGCAGCAGUACAACAACAACAAUGAUUGGGAUCUGCAGAAUAUCGGCAUGGUCUUUAAUUCUCAUCAGGACACAACAGCUUCUGCCGCUUUUUCAUCUUCGUCUUCCACUCAGAGAACAAGGGCUGAGCAUGUGCAGAACCAUCACCAGCAACAGCAGUUUCCAAGCCAGAGUCUUAAUCACAUGAACGGCGGUGGUUCGGUUAGAGUGAAGUCAGAGAGAGUGGCGGAGACUGUGACUUGUCCUCCAGCAACAACACUGUUUCAAGAGCAGUAUAAUCAAGAAGAUCUCAUGAGCGCACUUCUCAAACAGGAAGGACUUCCAUUGGUAGAUAACGAGUUCGACUUUGACGGAUACUCCCUCGAUAAUAUUCCUGUCUGACCUCACACCCACACAUAUACUCACUCUCUAAGAGUAGACUACUUCAAGAUUCUUUGUUUUUCAUCAUGGUUACAAGAUUACUCCUCAAAUGGCGUUUGUCCAAGCGGAUCAUCAUGUAUUGUAUCUUUAGAUGAUAUAAUCUGCUAGGAAAAAUUCAAAAGCAGAAUAAAUUACUUUACUUUUUUUUUCUUCUGGUAUUAGGAGUAAUGUGAAUUUGCUGCAGAUUGUUUUUGUAUUUUUUUUUCUUACACAAAUCCUGAGACAUGUAGGGUUCUUGAUCGUCUAAUGUACCACAAAUUAGCAAUGUUUUUACUUCUCUUUCUUUUUCUUCCGAGUGUUGAGAA